CUGGUUUGAGAGAAACGCAUGCGCACGGAGUCUCGAUGACCUCAAGCAACGCCACACCUGAACCAGCGAGCGCACAUGCGCAGAGCGCUGGCGACGCAGGUGAGGCGGAGCUGUCGCUGGAGAGGGCCACUCGCAGGCCGACUCUUCUUCACAAUUACACUAAGGAUCCUGAAGCGCUUCAUUAAAGUACUUAGUGUGUGUCUGUGAUCAGCCGCCCGACCGGGAAAGGGGACCUGGAAGCCGUUGUUUGUCACUGCGAUGUUGCGGAAACUCGGCUUAAAACGGGCGGCAGUUGACAGCAGCAACUUCCGCGCUUUGCACUGAACCUCUGACUGAGCCGAUUUAAAGAUGAACAGCAGUGGAAGCCCAUCACCUACAGGAGUGCCAACAGCCGAGUUACUCACCUUCGUUGCUCCCAAUGCAACAACACAUGCAAACAAAUCUGGAUCUGUAAGCACAUUGCAGAAAGUAGCUCCCAGCAAUUCCACUGCACACCUGCAAAGAAUUUUCUUGGAGACUCCAAAUGCACAAGCGAUUUCUGGGAUUUGUGUUUGGGCAGCAUUAAUUGCAACAUUUCAUCAGAUUUACCUGCAUCUCCGACACUACAACAGGCCCAAUGAGCAGCGAUAUAUUCUCCGAAUCCUUUUCAUUGUUCCUAUCUACUCCUUCGACUCCUGGCUUAGUCUGCUAUUAAUCAGCAAUGAUCAGUACUACGUUUACUUUGACUCCAUACGAGAUUGUUAUGAAGCCUUUGUGAUUUACAACUUCCUCAGCCUGUGCUAUGAAUAUCUGGGAGGAGAGAGUGCUAUUAUGUCAGAAAUCAGAGGGAAACCUGUUAAGACUAGUUGCUUGUAUGGAACGUGCUGUCUGGUGGGUAUGACAUACUCCAUUGGAUUUUUGCGAUUUUGUAAACAGGCCACUCUGCAGUUCUGUGUGAUUAAACCACUAAUGGCUGCCAUCACCAUUAUCCUACAAAUCUAUGGCAAAUAUCAUGAUGGAGACUUUGAUGUGAGGAGUGGAUACCUAUAUAUCACCAUUAUUUAUAACGUCUCUGUCAGCUUGGCACUUUAUGCACUGUUCCUCUUUUACUUUACAACCAGUGAGCUGCUCAGCCCAUUUGAUCCUGUCUUGAAAUUCCUGACAGUGAAGUCAGUAAUUUUUCUCUCAUUUUGGCAGGGAAUGUUGCUGGCAAUAUUGGAGAGAUGCGGAAUAAUCCCAGAAGUGCAGAUUAUUGAUGGUCACGAAGUCAGGGCAGGAACAGUGGCCGCGGGCUACCAAAAUUUUAUCAUCUGCAUUGAGAUGCUGUUUGCUGCCAUUGCCCUUCGCUUUGCCUAUCCUUCCCAAGUGUACGCCGAGCAGACUGGGACGACACAAGGUAGCAUGGCUCCCAUGCAGAGCAUAUCCAGUGGGCUGAAAGAGACCAUGAAUCCCAAUGACAUUGUGCAGGACGCCAUCCACAAUUUCUCGCCAGCGUACCAGCAGUACACACAGCAGUCGACCAAAGACGAGGUGACGCCCAGGCACAAUGGGCAUGUCUUGACUCAAGCAUCUAGCCAUUUUAUGGACCGACGAAAGAAAGAUUUGUACUGACGCCAGAAAGCUGUCACCGAUUCCUCCGACAUUUUGAUUCACCACUGAAAGAACUACAAUUUCAAAUCUACCUUGAUUGAGUUUAAAAGUAAAAAUAUUUUUUGAAUAUAUUUGAGACUGGUUUCUUUUUUUAAUGUUGCAAUAAAUGUUAAGUUUAAAAUAAA